AUGUACGUCAGUUACCUGCAGCUGGACAAGGACCCCGCCAUGUACCCGCACCAGACCUCCGUCACCCGGCACCCGGGUAUCAGCCUCAGCCCGCAGAACUUCGUCCCCGCCCCGCCGCAGUACUCAGACUUCGCCGGGUACCACCACCAUCACCCGGGCCUCAACAACGACCUGCACCCGGCUCAGCAGGCCGGACCGGGCGGCGGCGGCUGGAGCCCGGCGUACCCGCCUCCUCCGCCCGCCCGGGAUGAAUGGUCCUCGCAUCAUUACGCAGCUGCUGCCGCGGCCGCCGCAGCCGGUGGAGUCCCCACCGCCUCCACUGUACCCGGAGCGGUGGGUCCCACACUCGGGUUCAGCCCCCCGGAGUUUCCCGGACAGCCGCCCGCGCUGCUGCCCGCUUCCCUCAACGCGUCUGCGGGGCAACUGUCCCCCGGAUCCCCACAGAGGAGGAACCCGUACGACUGGAUCCGACGCAGCUCCGCACCGCCCACCAACCCGAGUAAGACACUUGUUACCUGCUAUUAAUCCAUCAUAAUUGAGACUGAAUUCACCCGUUUUAGACUCAGAAAUCAGCCCUAUUUACCAGAAUAAAACACCUGAUAAUGUUCCCACAGGUGUCACCUCUUCAGGUCUGUUUUAUAGACACUUAUAGAUAAAUAUAUUUAGACUAUUUAUAAUGAAAAAAAAUCUGAUAAUGAACCGUAACACAGACAGAGCUGUGUCAUAUUUCAUUAUUCAGCUGAAAUCAGGUGAAAUGUUACCUCUGUACUCAGUCUAAUAACAUAAGAAAGACUUCAUUUGUAUUACUAAAACAGGAAUUAAUCAUUUUGGCUCUAUUAAACCUUCAUUGGGGUUAUUAUUAUGUGAGGCAUUGGUGGAUUGAGACUUAAAUUUUCAUUUGUACCUCUCAAAACAAGAAGUUUUACAGUCUAGGUCAAAAAUAAUGGGAUAAAUAAUAAUAGGCCUAUAACACAAAAAAUAACAGUAGGAUAUUGUUUGUCUCAAUUUUAAUUAUAGCAAUUAUAAUCAGAAUCAGAAAAACUUGAUUAAUAAACUGCUUUUAUCACAGUAUUCCAGUGCAAAUACAGUAAAAAGAGGUGAUAAAUAAUAGAUAAAAUAAGUAAAAAUAAAGAGAUAAAUACAUAAAAAAGCAAAAAUAAAGAGAUAAGUAGAUAAAAUAAGUAAAAUCAGAAAAAAAUAGAGACAAAUAGAUAAAAUAAGUGAAACUAAAGAGAUAAAAUAAGUGAAAUAAGGAAAAAAUAAAGAGACAAAUAGAUAAAAUAAGUGAAAUAAAGAGACAAAAUAAUUAAAAUAAGUAAAAAUAAAGAGAUAAUAUACAAGUAUUUACACUAUAAACAAAACAAAUAGUAACAUUGUAUGCAUAGAGAAACUAUUAGGCUUUAAAACAGGAGGACUCUGAUUAUAUCAUCAGAUUUAGUUUAUAAUCACCACUAAAACUUUUAUUACUUUAAACUGUUUUGUAUUUAGCCCAUAUCUUGACUUUAUUUUCUCCCUCCGUGAAUCUUGUCUCUCAGAGUUUGGAUGUUUUUCACAAACAGGGGUCCUAAUUUGUUCUCCUCAAUCUGAAGCCUCUUCUUCCACCUGCUCUCAUUCACUUUAAAAUCGAUCAAAUCAAAAGUUAAAUGUUAAAUAUUCAGGCUGACGGAGGAGGAGGUGGAAAGUUCCCACGCGUCUCUCUCUCUCUCUCUCGGGGGGGAUCAAACGUGUGAAGCGGGCCUCCUCGCGGUUUGAAGCCGUUGUGGUGUAAAUGUGCCGCCGGUGCCUCUCGAUGAUGUGACUCCGGGCGGCUCGGCUGCUUCUUUGUGCUCCUGCUUGUUUGUGGGCGGAGAAAACACGAGUUUACAGACAGACAGGGUUCCACUUUGAAGUGUGAAGUGUGACCGAGAGAGUGACACCACCGCUCUGAUCCUCCUAACGAGCUCACCUGGACUCAUCUCACCUGGACUCAUGAAGCUAAAGGGGUUAGAGAAGUAGGGGAGACCGGGGUCAUUGUAACGUGUCUGCAGAAGACAGUGUUCAGUUCUUGGGACUCUGCCCACUUCCUUUUAAGGAUUUGACAUUUAUUUUAAAGAUAAAUAAGCGCCAAUAGUCGCACAUUUAGAUAUGAAUCUAGAUUUUAUUAAUUUUACAAUUUUUUACUCAUCUUUUUAUGUAUUGUCUGCCUACCCAUAAUAUUUCGAGUUUAUUCUACCAAAUAUCAACUUAUAUUAUCCCAAUAUCAUAGGGAUUGUCCUCGCUUUUAUACUCUUCAUUCUUUGGUGAUGAUUUUGACCCCCUGAAUGUAAUAGUAUGCGUCUUUAGAGCCAGAUUAAUGUGAUAUUUUGUGUGUUUUUCUCGUGUAUUUUCAUGUGCAAUCUCAUGCACAUCAUUAGUCAUCGCACUUCUGUUUCAUUCACUACAAUGCUUGUCGCCUACAGGUCAAAUAGUGCAUUUCCGACUUCCGACAAGCUAAUGUUAGCAUAAACUGCGUUUUCAGGAGAUGAAAACGUAACAAAGUGAAAACCCCCUCCAGAGUGGAAAAUGUUGUAAACGCUCUGCUAGUCCAGCUUUCGUCUAAAGUACAAAAACGCUGAAAACAGUCAAACCUGUGACGUCCUGGCUCACGUCGGCUCACGCUGCGUGCUUCUAGGAAGUAGAACGGAAGUUGUUCUACGUAUGUGUUGUUGGUCCAUAUGGGAGCACGGUCACACCGACACGCGCCACCCAGCGACCUGGCAUGCACAUUACAGUGUUUUCAACCACAUUGCGUUUUUGUGUAAACACAGCAUAAAAACUGAAAAUGAAACGGCACUUCUCAGUUUUCUAUGGAGACCGUUUCCGUCUAAAAGUGGCCUCUGUUUCACGUUUCCUCUUAGAACUCAGAUAAAAAUUCGACUAAAUCAACUGACUUUUAAUACGGGACUCUUGCGAAGCCUGUGGUAUUUUUUAAACAGAAAAUAAAAUUCUUGAAAUAUUUUCAUUUUCUUGAGGUUAUUUUUGGGGGUUUUUUGCCUAUAAUUUAAUAAAAGGGGCCGGUGACAUAGACCAAAUAAUUUUUAAUUGAAUAUUCUGCCAUGAGGACUCUACAAAUAGGUGCCAAACUGAGCUGAACUAGCACAUUAUUGUGUAAUGUUCAAUUUCAUUUUUAUUUAUGAAUUCAAAGCAGCUUAUGGAUGGCUUAUUUGAUUUGAUUAAUUCAUGAGUCAAAAACAAAAGCAAUGAAAUACAUGUUUACAUAUAUAGAGAUGAUGCUGUGGUGUAGAUUCAAUGUAGAAGAAAAACAGACUGUGUUACAGUUGACCCCGGUCUCCUCUACUCGGCCAAAAGUACAACCUCACCCUGUUAAAAGUUUGUGAUGAAUGAAGCAGAAUUGCACAGACUGAUAUUUGUCCUUCACUUAAAUGUGUUUCUAGAUGAUCUUUAACCCAAAUGUAGAAAUUAUAAAACUUUAAAAAUCCCAAACUACAAACUAAAACAAACGCGUAUUCAUCCUCCUCUGAAACUAGUCCUACCAGAGGAGGUUUUGAAGUUUUAACUCAUUGUUUUUUGUCUGAAUCUAUGUAUAAAUUCUUGUUUAUCACUUUUAUGAGCCCUCAGGUGUGAACUGAAACAUCUCCUGUAUUUACAGCGAACAGAGUUGGUUUAAGAAAUGUGAAGUAACACCCGGACUCGGUUUUAUGGCGUUUAAGUUAUCGUCUCUGUGGCCUUGAGUACGGACUUCCCUGUUCUCGUUUCUGACUUCCGGUGAAGUUGUUCCAGUUAACCCUGACACGAUGUGACAGAAAGACUGUUCAAUUAUUACCCCGACAGGAAAGCAGUGACUCAUUUUGACAGUGAUAGAUAUAUGUUUUCUUUAGUCUACUUUUUUUUUUUUUUUUUUUUUUUUACCGAAGAUGAUUAUGGCCACUAGAAAUAAAUCAGAAAAUAAAAUGAGGGCAGGUGUUUUUUUUUCUGACUUUUUCCUCAAAAUUCCUCCUUUAUUUUUUCUUUAUUUUUUCCUUUUUCUCCACCUCCACUCCAGCUUCUCCUCAUAAAGCAGUGUCUGAUUUUACCAGCAUCUUUGCUGACGCUCUCUCCACCUCCACCAAGCUUCUCCUUUUUUACACUGUGUCUAAUUUUCACAGCGUCAUAUAGGCUGCGUUGUAAGGGUCUUUGCUGCUGCUCUCCCUGUCUUUGCUUUUCAUGUGUGCACAUGAAACGGAGGGGAAGUGCUUUUCCCACCUCUGGCUUUGGCGCCCAAUAUGAGAGCAUCUACAGGGAGGAGGUUAAGCGCUCUGGUCUCGUCUCACUUCUUAUGCAGCUUCUUACUAAGUGAAUGUUUAAUAUACAGCGGUUUAGGUCAGCUUGAUCCAGCAGAGGGCGCUCUCAUCGUUACCUGACCAUUGAAAUGGCGAUCUUGAACUCAGUAAAUUGAUAUUUUCCAAAAAAGUCAAAGUGUCCUAAAGUGGAUUGGUCUAACCCCCAAUUUCCACCACAUCAGUAACGGCGACGAAGAGGCCGUAUCCGCCGAUCGUCGCUGAUCAUAACCAUUCGAGUUAAUGUGUCAGUUUCCACCGGCUUCUUUCCGUCCCGCUGCGGAUCGCAAGACUUCUAUUUUUUCCGGACACUGGAGCAUGCUGAAUAAAUUCAUCACAGAUUAACCUGUGCUGGAAAGCAAGUCGGGCACAGACACAAAAUAAAACAUCUGGCUUCUUUUCAAAAUAAAACACUCACAUUUUAAUCUUUAAUCUGUCUGAUCCAGGUGAAGAUCUGGUUCCACAUCGUAUUUCACACCACAUAAACGGGCGUAGACAAACUAGUGAAAGGUUUACAGACAGCAUUUCACCCCAAUGUCACCAUGGAUGAUUCUAGAAGUGGAUUUCCUCCUCUGGAAGGACACAAUCUACUGCUUAUAUGGUUAGCCUAUGUGGCUAAAGACAACUUUUUAUCGCGAUUGAACAUGAAUCCGCGGGUUCAUGUGAAGUCUUGAGAUUCCUGCUGUCCGUAAUCCGCUACGAAAUUUGUCUCACAAACGGAUCUGGUAGGAAUUGGCGUACGGCAAAAACCGUCGCCAUUCCGGAUGCGGUGGAAAUCCCAGGUUACUCUUCCUGCCUCAGGCUUUAGGCUUCUUUGCGGAGGAAGUCGUAACCAGGAUGGAGAUUAUGAAAACCUGGAACAUGGAGCUUGAAGAUGAGAUGGUUAAGGAUGUUUGUCCGUCCAGCUGUGUUCAGAGUGCCUCCCUCUGUUCCUCUCAGACAGACUGAAGAGCUUUUUGAUUUACGCUCCUUCAUUAACGAGGUCUCCGCUCUUCCAGAUUCAGCUGUUAAUCUGAACCUGCUGAUUUUUGCUUUCCGACAAAUGAAGCAGAAACGACUCGGCUCAGACAGAAGCUGUCGGAGCUGAAACUAAAAUGUUUGAGUCGUAAAUCUUCCUGGUGAGUGUUUAGAGAGGAGGGACUCAUCACUUAUUUAACUGCUGUGUGUUUAGUGUUAAUACUGAAUCAGAGCGUGUUAAAUAAAGGCAUUUUUAUUUACUUUGACUUCACUCUCACCCUCUUAAUGUCAGCUUUCACACAGGUGCUUCCCAGCGUUUCUCAGUCUGUAUAGUGCCAGUAAAGGUUUUUAUGGAUUAUUAACAGUCAGGUCUAUAGAAGCUUUGUGUUUCAGUUUUGAUUGGAGUGGACCGGAGUCAUUUGUAGCCCUGAAUUUGAAGUCGGUGCAAAAUUUACGACCGCAGAGGUUGUCUGUGCAACAAGUGAUGACAAACUAAAUGUGUGUUUGAAGUAAAGAUGUAGGAAAUGAUGCUAAAGAAACCACAAGAGUACCAAGACUUUUUUGUCCAAGUUUGGAGUUUGGUGGAGAGAAGGGAGAAAUAUGAACUGAAGCUAGAGAGGUUUUAGAGACAUAUACCCUGAAAACAAGGAUAAUAGUCCUUAAAGGGUCCUGAAAAUUCCCAGUAUUUCCCUGUGGGUGAGCUGUUUUUAAGUUUUUAACCCUGACUUCCCCCGAAUAUUUCCAGCUAACGCCCUGCGAUCAUUUCAGCGUAAUGUUUGAGUGAACUCUAGUGAAAUACAGCAGCAAAUCCAGAUCAAGUGUUGAUGUUUCUUGUUUGACGGUUGUUAAGUCUAGUUUUGUGAAGGAUCUCUAGUUUUAAUCUCAGAAAAGCUGUGAAACAUGGAGGUAUGUGUGAACAGUAAAGUCAGGUACAUUUCUGGGUCAGAGCUCCUGAAAUUUUCCACAGUGCACAUCCAACAACAGCCCAAAUCUCAAACAGUUCAUCUUUUUGUAAGAAUUGUAUGUUUACAUUAGUAUUAUCACUUUUGAGGAACUAACAGCGUAGUGCACAUUUUUACUCUUAAUCAAGGUUCUAUUUGUGUAAUACUAAUUUCAGCGUCUCGUGCAUUAUGUUGGAGAUACUUCCCAAAUUUACCCUGUGGCAUUUUGUUCAUUUGUUCCCUGAGGAGUCUUCAAACUGGUUUGAUGUGUUAAAAGCCUUUCAUGCAGUUUGAACAGCUGUGCCCUCAGACAGUGUUCAGCUUUAACAGAGACACAUGAUAAAUGAAUGAAUAAAAGCAGAUAGAGCUCAGUUCAUGCAAAUCCAGCAGCAGCAGAGAGUCCAUUUGAAUACAUGAGACCAGGGGAGGAUGUCCAGCUCCACCAGUGAGUCCAGAAACAGUGAUGCAGGUUUAUGAGCACUUUAUAACACAUAAUAUAAAAUACUACCACUCUAUAUGCCUCAUUCAUGCUGUUGGGCGGUGACAGGUGUACACUGAUUUUGUGCUCUUGUAGUCGGACCAUUAAAGAUAGUUUAACUUGAUUUAUUCUACAAAAGCGAAAUAAAUGAACCUGUUAAAGAUCAUCACUGUUGACUGUUUGUUGUCUGUGUUACUGCUUAUAAACCGGAUAGCUAGGAAAUCAGCAAAGUUUGUCAGAUUGUACGAAUUUAUGUGAUUACGACUUUAAAAACAGUUAUAAUGCCUGGUAAUGAUAUAAGCGUUUACCACAUGACCAAAAGAAGUGAAUAAAAGUAAAAAUCACUUCCUGUGUAGCGUGUACGUGUCUAUAUGGACCUCAUAGACAGCCUCGAGUGGACACUUGUGGUACUGCACUUACAGGGAUAUUCCGGCGUAAAAUUAAUUUAGGGUCAAACACACGGUAACACCAAGUUAGACACCCCCUCCAGAGAUGAAUGUUGCAGACCGCUUGCUUCUCUAGUUAUACCAACUUUAGUAACGACCGCAUGAUAGCAAUACAGAGAGCCACGUGCUCCACCAAAAUGCCACUCUAUAGCCACAAAUAAUGCUCAGAACAGCACCUGACUUCAUCAUCAGUACAUAUAGGGUCCCAAUCGUAGUACUAGACACCAAACAUCUUCUUAACUUUGCCUAAUUUCUUUAGCAAAGAGACUAAACACAACUCACCUACUCUCUUCCAGCAGCCGCUUGUUUGUAGUGAGACCUCAGGCCAGUCCAUUACGGACUGCCGCGGAGUUUCGCAGCUCAAGGAGGAACAUUUAUGAUCAUUUCUUCAUGGAAAUACAAUCAGACUGAGACGCUAAGGCAGAAGAACUACUGCGUCUGCAGUGAAAAAUGAUUAAUAUGGUGAUUAUUACUUUAAUGGAAACGAUAAAGUAAUGAUGAUCAUAAAUGUUCUUCCUUGAGCUGCGAAACUCCGCGGUAGUCCGUAAUGGACUGGCCUGAGGAUUGUUUGUGGCUAUAGAGUGGCGUGUUGGUUGAGGUUUGUUUAUGGCUCCUCAGACUGCUGUGUAUUGCUAUUGUGCAUUUGUUACUAAAGUCGGUAUAACUAGCGAAGCAAGCAGUCGACAACAUUAAUCUCUGGAGGGGGUGUCUAACUUGGUGUUACGGUGUGUUUGACCCUAAAUUAAUUUUACGCUGGAAUAUCCUUUUAAGGUUGCAGCUUGAGGAUUUAUUUAAGCUAUAAUUCGUACAGGUUUUCACAAACAUUUUCACAUUUUUCUCUUUCUAGAUGGAAAGACACGGACCAAAGACAAGUACCGAGUCGUCUAUACGGACCACCAGCGUCUGGAGCUGGAGAAGGAAUUUCACUACAGCAAAUACAUCACCAUCAGGAGGAAGGCGGAGCUCGCCUCAUCGCUCAGCUUAUCAGAGAGACAGGUAUGAGAACAGCUGCAUUGAUACGAAGCCCGGCUUGUACUUAACGCUAUUGGACUUGAUCUUAACCUUUAAUCUGUCUGAUCCAGGUGAAGAUCUGGUUCCAGAACCGGCGGGCAAAGGAGCGAAAGAUCAACAAGAAGAAGCUCCAGCAGCCAGCUUCAUCCACGACCACGCCAAACCCUCCAACCAGCACCAACGGCAGUGGCAGCGGUUGCAGCGGCGGCCUCCAUGGAAAUGGCGGUAGCAGCGUGGGAAUGGUGACGAGCAGCAGCAGCAACGGGCUGGUCUCACCUUCCUCCCUGCCUUUGAACAUAAAAGAGGAGUACUGACAGAAACGUGGGACGAUAACGCCGGGGAUAAAGACUAAAAAUGUUCCCCGAUGAACUUGAAGACUUUUUGCGUCACAUCUGACCUCUCGCCGACUUCAGCUUCUUAAAAAUCGGAAAAAAAAAUUGAAUGUGCCAUCUGAGCGAUUCUUCUUCUUCUCUUGUCAGACUGUUGUUGAAAAUAACUCCUAAUGCGAUCAGAUGUUCAACCUCUUUGGUUGUUUUUCAGCCCUAAAUCCUCUCUGGACCCUUGGCGGGUUCAUCGUUUUUAUUCCAGAUAAAUCUAAUGAUGUUAGAGACAUGUCAGGUGUUUCCAUUUGAUGGAACUGAUGCAGCCACGGGACGACUGUGGUGGUUUUGAAUAUCUCACUCCAUGUAAGCAUUAUGAAGCUCAGUUGAGAGCUGUAGAUACAGAAAUUGAACCAUGCUGUCAGACAGUGUGGGGAAUAUGUUUUUUUUAACUUUAAGGCUACUAAAAUGGUUUGAAGGUGUUUAUUUUUGCUUGGUAAUGAGUCAUUUUAAAAAGACGUGUAAUGAGUUUCAUGAAGAAAUGUUUUCUCUACAUCGAGGACAAUAAAACCCAG